AUGGAGAAGCACUAUAUCUCCAAACUUCAUGCAACAGGAGAUUAUGGGGCAGGCGUGUUUCUUCUGAUUAUAGCAAUCUUAACAAUUCUGGGGAACUCCGCUGUCCUAGCUGUAGCUGUGAAGCGCUUCUGCCGCCUCAAGUCCCCCGAACUACUCACAGUUAAUUUAGCAGUAACAGAUCUGGGAAUGGCCAUCAGCAUGUACCCUCUGGCCAUCGCUUCUGCCUGGAACCAUGCCUGGCUAGGUGGAGAUGCCUCCUGCAUUUAUUAUGCUCUGAUGGGCUUUUUCUUUGGAGUCUCCAGCAUGAUGACCUUGUCUGUAAUGGCUGUGAUACGUUUUCUUGUCGCCUGCUCAUCCAAGUCUAAUAGUAAUCAGAUCAGCAAGAAAGUCAUAUAUAUUUCUAUCACAUUGAUUUGGCUCUAUGCAGCACUUUGGGCCAUCUUGCCUUUGCUGGGCUGGGGACAUUAUGGUCCAGAACCCUUUGGUACUUCCUGCACCAUAGCAUGGAGCCAGUUCCACCACUCAGCCAAUGGAUUUUCGUUCAUCCUGAGCAUGUUCAUUCUGUGCACUAUUCUGCCAGCGAUGACCAUCAUCAUCUGUUACUUGGGUAUAGCCUGGAAGGUUCAUAAAACGUAUCAAGGAAUGCAGAAUUUCAACAGGAUUUCAGGUGCAGCCAAGCUGGAGAAGAGGUUGACACUGAUGGCUCUACUGAUCAGCAUAGGAUUCCUUGGUGCAUGGACACCGUAUGCUGCAGUCAGCAUCUGGUCAAUAUUCCAUUCCAGCGAUUCGAUUCCACAAUUUGUUACCUUACUGCCCUGUCUGUUUGCUAAAUCUUCAACAGCCUACAACCCUUUCAUUUACUACAUUUUCAGCAAAACUUUCCGGCAUGAAGUUAAGCAACUCCAAUGCUGUUGUGACCAGAAAGUUCAUUUCUUUAACACCAAGAACUCCAUCAAUAGCCAUGUGUCAGUAAUGUGGUCAGGCAGAGCCAAUGUACACAUUUCUUGCAGAAAGACAGAUAAUGGAGAAGUUUCAAAUCAGGGUGAAGGAUGGGAGCCCAGGGCUCUCCUUAAAGGAUACGAAACUUCUUUGCAGUCGCCUACCUAUGACUGCAGAGAACAAGAACCGAACAAGGGGUGUCCUCACCCUCAAGAAGAACCCCCAGUGAAAGAUUCAGUGCCAUUAGUAGCAUGGGCCUAA